AUGUCUGGUUUCCUGUCAGAUCUUCCUGAUCGAACACCUAACCAACGAAUCAAGCUAAGUCAAGGUGAAAAGUGGAAUUGUGAUAGAUUGUUUGAGCAUCCCACGAUAAUUACUGGUCCAAAUCUUCAACUCUGGGUAUGGGAUAUGGUCUCUUUGCUGUCUGAGAGCAAUAUUCCUCUUCGUCAUCGCCAAUAUUUUAAACUUGGAAUGUGCUGUCUAUACGACAUCCUUCUCAACUAUCCCAUAACCGACCUUGACAUCAAUAAUGUCUUUCGUGCCGAACAUGAAUCCUUCGAUGCAUUUACCAGCUUACAACAUAUAAAUGGUGACGAUUAUCAUUGUCCUAGAGAUGUUGUUGCUAAUACUCGAUUGAUUCGCGCUCAUCAUGACAUGAUUGAUACUGGUAAUAAGUACAAGCGUCCACUGCCCAUUAGAUCACGUAUAAGAAGCAUAAAUCCCAAUUCGCCAAACUACCAGGUCGUUAGAGUAAUUCCGUACAACCUUUUCUCUGAUAAUACCAGUGGUAAUUCCACAUCAAAAUGGAAUUGUUUCGAUUCGUGGUCGAUGAAUCCUGCCGCUGUUCCUCUUAGUGUUGCCAAUCAUUAUUUAAAUCAAUUUUUUAUAUAUGGAUCAAAUCGUCGUACUGCUAUGGAACAGUUGCCUUCCCUUGAAGAAGUCUUUGUUGUUGCUCCUCUUUUGUUUAUCAAGGCUGACAAUCCUUGUCAUGCCGAGGUUUCUUGUUUGAAAGCUUCAACAGCUACUUAUCCGUGCAGAAAAUGCUUCUGGUGUCGACAUGCUGAUACUUUUGAUCCUAAUAGAAUUACCACGGCCGAAGAACACAUGUCAGUUCCAAACGAUGACUCGGAUAGUACGGAUUCCUCGAUACGUGUUCGUAACAGACAGGGUGAUUAUAUCAUGGUCGAAAACUUGAUGGACCUCGGCUUCAAGGAAACCUCUGGCAAAAGGAUUUUGACGUUGUCUUCUUCGGAUCCUAGCAAGGAUACAUCGGUAGAAAUUCUGCAUGGCCUAUGUCUCGGUUUAAUCAAAUACACGUUCAACAAAGCGGCUGAUUGCUUUUUCAACAAGAAGCAGAUGCUCCCAAUUGUUCUCAGAGUUGCUCGUGACCACAUUGAUUUCCUCAACAUUCGUAAUGAUCAAUUCCACCGAGUGGAUAACGUUAUUAGUACUUUGGACAAGCUUGUUGAGCUUUACUCAUUGUGUUAUAACUGUGAAAUACAUACCAACGUUUCUGCCUAUCUCGAUUUAUUGCGUCAAUGCGUUAAUGAUACUGUUAUUGCUCUGGAUAACCUUGAUCGUACCGUUCUUCCCAGUAACCGACGUACUCGUGGAGAGCCAGCAACAGCAACGACAACUGUAUCAGUGCCCAGUCAACUACUUUUGAAGAGAUCUAUGGUCUUUCUGAUGAACAAUACUCAUUUGAUAGUCCAUUUGGUAGAGGAUUGUCUUCGAUUUGCUUCUCCUGUGCUUAUCGCAACUGAAAAGAACGAGCAAUUUAACAAACGCAUUAGGGCAAUUGUCAUGAAGACCAACAAACAAAACGCUUCUCGUGAUUUGGCUCUUAUUAACGUCGUGAGUCUGGUCAAAGCGUUGUUCGAUAGGUACAGUGAGGACAUGUACUAUUCAGCUAAUCGGGAAUUCGGCAGUACUGAAUAUAUUGCUCGAAAGAAGAUUGCUUUGAACAUGACGGCUAUUCUCGAUGUUGACUUGGAUUCUCUUGGGGCGCGUCGUCUGCUUGGAAAGGUCGUAAAACGUCGCGGCGAUCAGGCUAUUGUUGAGGUGCAUGAACUUGUUCCCAGGCCAGCCUUCGUGAUUCACGAUGACAGUAGCCUCAUUUCUGUCUAUCAAGCUGACGAAGGUGGUAAUCUCCACACCAAGAAAACUGAAGAAAUCUUGGACUUGCUGAAGUAUAAACUGACUGUGGUGGAAUUACUUGACAUGUCUCAGGAAACUGAGAUUGACACUGUCAAGUAUUCUCUUAUCAACAAGUGCAAGUUAGGUACUUUCUGGUGGCUCCAUAACACUAAUCGUUAUUUCAAAAUGUUAGAAAAUGAAAGAAACUAA